AAAACAGAGUUUUACUUGAAAGUUGAUCUCUUAACGGUACAUUUGCCUAGUUACCUUCUCAAUAAAUUUCAAUCAAGUGACUCGACUUGUCAUCUUUUUUAGAGUGUCAGAUAUUUUGGGUCUAAAAUGGGCUUACUUACUCUUGGACAACCUUUGACCUGGAAUGAGACCCGUAAAUAUGCUGAACAUGUUCGCGAACAUGGUAUAAUCCAAUUCAUUAAUUCCUACCAUAAACUCAAGGAUAGACAAGAUGAAUAUCUUAAAUGGGGUGAUGAGAUUGAGUACAUGCUUAUCAAAUUUGAUAAGAAACAACAAAGAGCACGAGUGUGCCUUAAGGCUGGUGAAUUACUUUCUAUCAUGGAUGAACGUGAAAAAAAAGAAGGCAACUCUAGAAUUUGUCUUUGGCGACCAGAGUUUGGCGCUUUCAUGAUUGAAGGAACACCGGGUUCGCCUUAUGGAGCUUCAGACCUUGAUCUAACCUUGCUUUCCAAUUUUAAUGAAGUCGAAAAAAAUAUGAAGAUCCGUCGCCAGGAAAUCGAAGCGUUAUUAUCACCAGAUGAAGCUCUUCUCUGUGUCACAAGUUUUCCUAGACUUGGUUGUCCUGAUUUCACAUGGCCUCAAGCUCAACUCGAUCCUGCCAAAAGUGUUACCGGAUCCAUCUUUUUCCCCGAUGAAGCAAUAUUUGGAGGACAUCCACGUUUCAGAACUCUAGCUCAGAAUAUAAGACAUAGAAGAAAGCGACGAGUGAUAAUCAACAUUCCCAUUUACCGUGAUAUUAAGACUCCUGAUCCUUUCAUUGAAGAAUUUAACGACGAAGAAGCAAAAGAGGCAAUUAAAGCAGAUCAUGUUUAUAUGGAUGCUAUGGGCUUUGGUAUGGGAUGUUGUUGCCUUCAAGUUACUUUCCAAGCCUCUAAUCUUGAUGAGGCUAGAAUUUUGUACGAUCAAUUGACACCGUUAUGUCCUAUUAUGAUGGCUCUAAGCGCAGCAUCUCCUAUCCAAAGAGGAUACCUCUGUGAUCUCGAUUGCCGCUGGAGUGUGAUAUCGCAAGCGGUAGAUGAUAGGACCAAAGAAGAACUUGGAGAAGAACCUAUGAAAUUUUGCAAGUUCCGGAUCAAUAAGUCAAGAUAUGAUUCAAUCGACUCAUAUAUCUCAGCGGAUGGAGAUAAAUAUAAUGACAUUCCGUUAAUUUAUGAUCAAGUUUAUUAUGAUAAAAUGGUUAAAUCUGGCGUUGAUCCUCUAAUUGCCAAGCACAUUGCACAUCUUUUUAUACGUGAUCCUGUUACUUUGUAUCGAGAAAAACUUGACCAAGAUGAUGAAAAUGAUAUGGACCAUUUUGAAAAUAUUCAAUCGACAAACUGGCAAACUAUGCGAUUUAAACCUCCUCCUCCAUCCUCUCCAGGAAUUGGUUGGAGAGUUGAAUUUCGUCCAAUGGAAGUUCAAAUAACGGAAUUUGAAAAUGCUGCCUUAGUUGUUUUCAUUGUUCUACUUACUAGAAUCAUAUUAACAUACCGAUUAAAUCUUUUAUUACCCAUUUCCAAAGUUGAUGAAAAUAUGAAAGAAGCACAAAAACGUGAUGCUGUCCAAAGAUGUCGAUUCUGGUUUCGUAAACGCAUUAUUACUCAAACUAGUCCACCCGAAGCUUCAGCUUGUCUGAGAGCUGCCAGUACUAAUGAUAUUAAAAACUGUGAUGAGGAUAUCAUUGAUAAUGAUAUUGAUGAAUCAUGUGUACUCCUAACCAUCGAUGAAAUAAUCAAUGGAAAGAGUGGAAUGUUCCCCGGAUUGAUGCCUCUCUUAAGACACUAUUUACUUAGUGUUGAGAUCGAUGCUGAAACUCACUGUACUAUAAAUCAGUACCUUAAUCUAAUUUCUUGCCGAGCCUCAGGUAAAUACUUGACACCUGCUCAAUGGAUUCGCAAGUUUGUCCAAAAUCACUCAGAUUAUAAAAAAGAUUCUGUUGUCUCUGAUAAAAUCAAUUAUGAUCUACUUAAGACAAUCAAGAAAAUAACCAAAGGAAAGAUUCUGUGUGAAGAUCUAGUUGGUGAUUCAAGUUACAUUAAAGAUCGACUUUUAAAUGGUGAUGCUAAAUAGAAAAGAAAAAAAGAGGAAAAAUUAAAAUAGGAUUAAAUUUGAUUGACAAAACUCUAAAAAUUGAAACGAGUUUCAAAAGGAUAAUUGUUUUAACACCUGUUAUGAUUCUUGCAAAAUGUCCAAUUUAUGCCAAUUAUGUAAAUCACCAAAUUACCUUCUUUGUUAGAAUUUUAUUUAGUUAAUUGGGUUAAAGUUUAUUUUAUUGUUGAUAUUAUAUUAAUUUGGAAGAGAGAAAGUAACGAAUCAAUCAUAAAACGUUUUAUUGUUCAAACUUGAUUUAUUAUUUAUCAUGUAAAAUAUAAUUAUUUCAUUUGUUACCAUGAUGAUGAUGCAACUUAUCGAUAAAUGAUUAGAGUUCUUAUGUUCUUAUGAUUGGUUCUGCUGAACUCAUAUUGCUGUAAACAUAAAAUUAAUUUAACCAAGGGCGAUUCAUUAUCAGAUUUUAAAUCUGGCACUUUUGUUCUAAUCGCAUGACACCUUUUUGUUUGCUAUUUAAAGUUGUUAAUAAACAAGAUGAUUGGCUAUCGUAA